AUGUACAAUCAAAGUAAUCAUGUUGAAGACUAUGAACAAUCAUUAAAACAAGCUCGUGUAUCACUUCUUGGCUCAACUUUUGAUCAACUAUGGAUGCAAUCGGAACAGUCAUCAUUGAUUGAACAUAAAGCUUCGAUUAAAAAAACACAAUCAUCAUGGUAUCAUGAUAGAAAAAGUCAAAUUAGUAUUAUUCUUCUGAUUAUCAUCAUUAUUCUAUUACUUCUAUUUUCUCUACCAUUUAUUAUACGUUCGCAAUAUCUUUCUAAUCUAUUUCUUCAUCAAUGUUCAUCACUUGCAUGUCUAUCAACAUCACAUCGAAUCAUAGAAAAUUUAAAUAUGAAUAAAAAUCCAUGUGAAAAUUUCUAUUCAUACGCUUGUGAUGGAUGGAUUAAUAGUCAUUUUCUAACGCCUAGUGAAACAUCGAUUAGUUAUUUUAAAGAAAUCUAUAAAAAUAAUCUUAUAAUUCUAUAUAAAAUUCUCAAAGACAAGUCGAAUACAAAUGCAAUAUCAAUAAAAAAAUUAAAAACCUAUUUCCAUUCAUGUAUGAAUACAUCAAAUGAUGAAGAUCUCGCAAGGUCAACUUUAAAAAAUAUUCUUCAUCAUGCUGGACCAUCGCUUCUAUUGUUAAGAAAUUGGUCAAGAAAAGAUUUUAAUCUAGUGACAAGUCUGACUUAUACACAUCGACAUAAAAUAAAUCCACUUUUUCAUAUAAGUAUUACAACCAAUCAUAAAAAUAAUAAUUAUCAUUGUAUCUAUUUGGAACAAUCAGGUUUAUCGUUUGAGGAAAGAUUGCGCUACAAUGAUGAAAAUAUUCGCUAUUUAUUUAAUAAUUUUGGUACAAACUUAAUAAAACAUCUUCAUUCAUUUUUACCAACGGAUGAAAUUUCUAAACAAAUCGAUGAAAUAUUUCUAUUUGAAAAACGUUUAGCUUCGAUAUUUCAGUUCAAAAAUUCCUAUAAUCCAUUGGAAGUCUAUCACACACGAACAUAUGAACAGAUUCAACAAUGGUUUUCAUCAUGGUUUGAUAUAGAAAAUUAUUUCGAGAGAAUUUUUCGAAGAGAUAAAAUAUUUUUCUACAAUCAAACAUUUCUUAUAUCAACACCAGACUAUUUUGAAAAAUUAAAACAAAUCAUGCAAACAACACCUCGAUAUAUUCUAGCUAAUUAUAUAACAUUUCAAGUUAUUCAAGAAUUACUACCUAAUAUGCCUGAAAGUUUUAAUCAAUUUAGAGGAUCAUUGAUGAUGCAUUUAAAAGGGAUCGUAGAAGAAAAACAAUUAUGGGAAAUUUGUGUUAAAAGAACAGACGAUGCAUUUGGAUUUGCUACAGGUGCUCUAUUUAUAUCAAGAGUAUUCGAUAGAAAAAGCCAAGAGAAAAUAAAACAUAUUGUUGAAGAGAUUCGUUUAGCCUUUAUUGAGACUCUACCAAAUAUCAAAUGGAUGGAUUCAGAAACACGUCAUCAAGCACAAAUGAAAGCACAAAUGAUUAUUGACAGACUUGGAUAUCCGAAAUGGCUUGAAGAUGAGAGAAAUAUUGAUCGAUUUUAUGAAGAUUUAAAUCUUUCGUCGACUAAUAAUCCUAUCGACAAUAUAAUGCUUGUACGGAGAUUUCAAAAAGAGCACAAUUUAAAAAAACUUGGCCAACGACCUGAUAUUGAAGAAUGGACUAUGACACCGCUGGAUGUCAAUGCAUAUUAUGCACCAUGGAAGAAUAUGAUUGUGUUUCCAGCUGGUAUUUUACAAACACCAUUUUUCGAUGCUAACAUUCCUAUUUCGUUGAAUUUUGGAUCGAUUGCAUCGAUUAUUGGUCAUGAACUUAUUCAUGCAUUCGAUGCCAGUGGCCGAUAUUUUGAUGGUCAUGGAAAUCUAAAUAAUUGGUGGCAAAAAGGAUCAGCUCGAAAUUUUGAUGAACAUGCUCAAUGUUUCAUUGAUCAAUAUAAUCAAUAUCGUAUUGGAAAUAAACAUAUCAAUGGAUUGUUAACACUUGAUGAAAAUAUUGCUGAUAAUGGUGGUUUACGAAUUGCAUAUGUAGCGUAUGAAAAUUAUUUAAAACAUCAUCAUUUACCAUCUAUCAAGUCUUUUAAAAAUCAUCAACAACAACUUUUACCUGGCGUUAAUUUAACAGAUGAACAAUUAUUCUUUAUCGGUUUUGCACAAACAUGGUGUACAAAAACUACACCUGAAAUGGCCCGGGCAGCACUAGUGACCGAUGCACAUGCUCAUUCGAAAUAUCGUGUUAUCGGCUCGUUAUCAAAUAUGCCUGAAUUUUCGCGAGCAUUCAAAUGUGCAAUGGGAUCUCCAAUGCAUCCUGAAAAACGAUGUCAAAUAUGCAAAACCCUUCCACGAGAAAUAGUUACAAUCAAUGGACAAGAAACAAUUAUUUGUUUAUCAUGUGCCGAAAAACAAUAUUCAUCUGGAAAAAUUUCUUCUCUAUCCUACAUUCGUUCGAAUAUAAAAUAUAACAAAGUUUUAGCAUUACUCAAUCGAACAUUUCGUACUUUAUAUGAACUGAAUGAAUCAAACAAUGAACCGAAAGAUCAUAUUGAAGUGAAAAAACAAGCUAUCAAAGAAGGUGUAUUAACAUGUUUGACUUUAUUACGUCCAUCUAUUCGUGAAAAUCAACAAAUAACACCCACAAUUGAAGGAAAGAAAAAGAUAAUAAUAACGAAAAAAUACUACAAUGUACUUGACAAUGAUAGUGAUGAUACUGAUAAAGAAAAUCUAUCGAAUACUCCAAUAUUAGAUACAAAUAAAAUACGUCGUAAGACUAUUCGUACUUCGAAACCAUCUAAACGUCCAGGUAGUUCAAAACAAGAUGACGAAGAAGAAGAAGAUGCAUCACCUUCGAAACGAAAGAAAAAAGCAGAAAAUGCUGAUGUACCAUUACCAAUCAUAAGUCCGAAUGUUGUUAAAAAGGUAACUCCAAAUCGAACAAAAACUGAUGAGCUUGGUGAAGAAAAGAAAAAAAACUCAAUUCGCUUAGCACGAAAAGUUCAUCAAGUAAAACAAGAUUCAAAAUCUAUUGAAACAACUAAGUUAACAAAACAACAAAAACAAGAGAUAAAUACGGAACAAGAAACAGAGGUACCAAUUACGCUAGUUAAAAAACUUCAGACAAACGAAAAGUCUAUUGCCAAUCGAUCAAAACCAAUCUUAGCAAAUAAAGCGUCUGCCGGUGUACGUAAUGAUAAAGGUGAAACAUUAUUACAUCAAGCCGUUAAAAAAGGUGACAUUGCACGAGUUAAACAAUUGAUAGACGAAGAACAUCAUCCAGUCAACACGAUUGACAAUAAUUCAUGGACACCGCUGCACGAGGCGAGUGCUAUGGGCAAUAUUCCAUUAAUGGAAUUAUUACUUGCUAAUAAUGCUAAUAUUAAUAUUCAAGGUGGCCAAGAACAAAUGACUGUUUUACAUGAGGCUGUAUCCAAUGAGAAUUUAAAUGAAACGGUAAUUAAAUUUUUACUUGAAAAUGGAGCCGAUCCGCUUAUAAAGAAUAAAGCCGGCAAAACCGUAUUGGAACUUGUCACCGAAUUAGCUAAUCCUACAAUUUCAUCACUUUUCGAGAAAAAUCACUGUGUUCAUCCUUCUCAUAAUGAAUUGCCAAUCGCUCCACCACCGAGACGACGUGUACGAACCAUCUCAUCAUCUAAUAUUCUGUUUUUAACUGGUUUUAAUAAAACUCGUAAAGAAUCAUUUAUUAAAUCUAUGCAAACAAUUUUCGGUCGUAAAUGUGUAACAAUAGCCCGCAAUGUUGAAAACAAUGUCACUCAUGUGAUAGCAUGCGGUGAGACCGAUAGAGUAGCAUUUCGAACAAUAAACUAUUUACGUGGUAUUGUUCUUGGCAAAUGGAUUGUUUCAGAAAAAUGGAUUGAAGAAUGUAUUAAAGAAAAACGAUGGAUCAAUGAAAAUGAUUAUGAAGUGCUUGGUUCACAGCUUGAACCGAGCUCAAAUGGAUGUCAUAUUAGUCGAAUUAAACAUGAACAAAAUGAAAUACUUCUUUUCAAUAAAUGUGAAUUUUUUCUUUAUGGUCAAUUUCAUACGUAUAAAAAAGAAGAUAUAGCUGAUUUAGUGAAAAUUACUGGUGCGACUUUACUUAAACGUGAACCAAAAUUACAUCGUAUUAAUAGUGAUACUGAUUUAAAUAAUAGUAAUCAAUCAAUAAUGACCUAUAUUAUAUACGAAUCUUCUGUACCCGAUAUUCUUCUCGAUAAUAAUGUUAUAAAACAUAUAAAACUACUUGAUUUUCUCGCUUGUAUAGAUUAUUAUAAUACUCAAGAACGAUUAGAUAAUUAA